GCUGCCAACAGCUGGUUCGACACAUUACAUUUUGCAACUUUAUUUUCUCUUAGUAAAAUCUGUAAAUAACAAUGAAUUUAAUAAGCGGCAUUAAAUUGUACAUUGAAAAGAUGUGCACAGAGUCCGGACCAGGCAUGAAAAUCAUAUUGCUGGACAAGGAGACGACCAGUAUUAUAUCCAUGGCAUUUAGCCAGUCGGAUAUGCUGCAACGAGAGGUGUAUUUGUUCGAGCGCCUCGACUCUGGACGAUCCAAUGAACGGUUAAAGUAUCUGAAGUGCAUUGUUUUCAUACGCCCCACAAAGCAGAACAUUCAGCUGCUGGCCAACGAACUGCGCAAUCCCAAAUAUAGUGCAUAUUUUAUUUAUUUCAGCAACAUUAUACCACGCACUGAUAUCAAGUACCUGGCCGAAUGCGAUGAGUCAGAGUCGGUGCGGGAGGUAAAGGAAUUGUAUGCGGACUAUUUGUGCGUGAAUCCCAAUUUAUUUUCACUCAACCUGCCCAACUGUAUGACAAAUCUGAACUGGCUGCCGGACGCGCUGAAACGCAGCGUGCAGGGCAUAACAGCUGUGCUGCUAUCCCUUAAACUAAAUCCGGUCAUACGAUAUAGGGCCGGUUCGCAAGUGGCUCAAUUGCUGGCCAAGCUAAUCUACGAUCAGAUUACGAAGGAAUCCUCACUGUUUGACUUUCGCGGCAAUGCGGAUGGCGCUGCGCCGCCUUUGUUGUUGCUUCUGGAUCGUCGUGAUGAUCCAGUUACUUCACUGCUGCACCAAUGGUCAUAUCAGGCCAUGGUGCAUGAGCUGUUGCAAAUACGGAACAAUCGUGUUGAUCUAUCCGAACGGCCCAGUGUGCCCAAGGAGUUCAAGGAGCUGGUGCUAUCCGGCGAUCAGGACGACUUCUAUGGCAACAAUAUGUACGCGAAUUAUGGUGAAAUUGGCAGCACCAUAAAACAGCUAAUGGAAGAGUUUCAGCGCAAGGCGAACGAUCAUAAGAAAGUCGAGAGUAUUGCCGAUAUGAAGAACUUCAUUGAAUCCUAUCCGCAGUUCAAGAAGAUGUCCGGCACCGUGCAGAAACACUUGUGCAUCAUGGGUGAACUGUCGAGCAUUACGAAUAAGCGUAAUCUAUUCGAGGUAUCCGAACUGGAGCAAGAGAUUGCGUGCAAGGCGGAGCACUCUGCUCAGCUGCAACGCAUCAAGAAACUGAUUGCAGACGAACGAGUUAGCAUUGAUGAUGCUAUCAAACUGGUGGCACUCUACGCUCUGCGCUAUGAGCGACAUGCAAAUUGCGAUACAUCAGGUCUGCUGCAGAUAAUCAAGAGUCGCGGUGGGAAUACACAAAUUGUGCCCGCUUUGAUUGAGUAUGCGGGCACGCAUGUGCGCCAAGGCGAUCUGUUCAAUAUGGUGCGAAUCACAGAUGCCGUGAAGCUAACCCGUAUCCUAAUCAAAGGCCUCAAGGGUGUGGAGAACGUUUUCACACAGCACACGCCGCUGCUGAAGGAAACGCUAGAGGAUGUUUUCAAGGGUCGCGAACUAGAUCCACUCUAUCCAGCUAUUAAUUCAGAGCUGGUGCCAUUCCGACGUCCGCCACAGGAAGUGGUUGUCUUCAUCAUUGGCGGCGCUACCUAUGAGGAGGCAUUGACGGUACAUCAACUGAAUAAUGCUGGCUAUCGGAUCAUCCUCGGUGGCACCACCAUACACAAUUCCCAGAGCUUCAUCAAUGAAGUGCUGGCGGCCACAAACGGCACACAAUUCAAACAUACCAAAUCCAUGAUUAAGUAUUGCUCCCCAGACAACCUAUAAGGGUCCGCCGACGCAUUCCCUAUUAAAAAUAUAGCUAUACAUAUUAUUAUUGUUAACUAUUUAUGUGUAAUUCUAACCAAAUAUCCUAUAAUUAAAUCUUCGCUUAACAUUGUUAUGUGUCAUAUUUGUA